CCCUUCGAGACCGGGACCGCCUCCUAUGAUCUCAAGAAGCAGGCGCGCUGCAUAGCCGCCCUUGAGGGUGAUACGGACCGGAACACGUUUGUCGCGGCGACGUUGGUGCUGCGCGGGCAGAACGAGCUGCACGUGGUCGAGUUCAACGAGGACACGAACGAGGUGUGGUGCCCGCUCGUGUACGCACUGCCGCACGAGGUCUGGGGCGUCGCCUGCUGCCCCGCGCCCGAGCACGUCCAGCUGGUGCUCGCCACAUCGUCGGACGGCGCCGAGCAGCGGACGAGCCUCUACCGCAUGGACAGGCUGGCGGAGCGGGAGGCGGCGCCCGAGGCGGGCCACCGCGGCGCCCCCGCGCCGGCGCCGCUGGCCGAGCUGCUGCAGCUCGGCGGCCCUUGCGCGCUCGGCGACUCGGUCGACGUGCUGUGGAACCCGGUGCUGCCCGAGCAGGUCGCCUCGCUCCACCGCGGCACCGUCCGGCUGUGGAGCCUUUCGCACGCAGCCGCGGCCUCGUCCGCGAGCGAGAGCGGCGCCGCGCCGUCGCCGCGCGAGGAGGGUUCCUUCGGCUGCGGCCGGUGGGACCCGCACCACGCGCACGCCCUCGCUCUCGCCUGCGAGUCGGACCUGCUCACGCUCGACACGCGCUCCAUGAAGAGCGCCGUCGCCGUCGCAGACGCGCACGAGCAGCCGGUGCGCGGUCUCGACUACAACCCGAACAAGCCAAACACGCUCCUCUCCUCUGGCGACGACUACCACGUCAAGGUCUGGGACUUGCGCAAGCCGCUCACGCCGGUGCUCUCGCUGCUCGCGCACGCCCACUGGGUCACCUCCGCGACGUACAACCGCUUCCACGACCAGCUCCUCCUCUCGUGCGGCACCGACAGCCAGGUCAAGCUGUGGCGCGCCGCCGCGAUCUCGUCUGCGCCGCCCAGCCUCGACUACGAGGAGGCCGACCCGUCCGAGGUCGAGGCGGACGGCAUCGUGCGGCCAUACACCGACCACGAGCAGUCCGUCUUUGGAGCCGUCUGGUCCGCCGCCGACGCGUGGAUCUUCGCCUCCCUCUCGCUCGACGGCAAAGUGGUCGUCAACCACGUGCCGCCGUCAGAGAAGUACAAGAUUCUGCUUUGAGCCCCGGCCGCGUGUCGCCUUGCGCCAGUCUGCUCUGGAGGGCGAGUUUAUCUCACUGAGGUGGAUGUGUGACGGUAAUGCUUGCGUCGUGAUCAGGCCGG